GAGCUCGCUUUCCUCCUCACCAUUUCCUGCCCAUGCUUCCACCAGAGCUCACUGAUUUUAUCAUCGACCUUCUGCACGACGAGCCUGCCUCGUUGAGCACGUGUGCACUCGUCUGUUCCCGGUGGCUUGCUCGCAGUCGGAUCAACGGCUUUGCCACUGUCCAGCUCUGGCCUUGGCGGGCUGCAGAGUUUUUUCGCCUGCUCGAAGCGCCAGAUUGCACUUUCGCGCCGUAUAUCUCACGGAUCGAAUUUGACAGCAAUGCUACACGUCCCUCAAUGGUGAACAUACCAUUCGACCGGGUGCUAAAAUUUAAUAGUCUCACUCGUGUCUCAAAUGUGCGCGUCAUCAGACUGGCCAACGUCGACUGGACAACAUACCCAAUUCCAGAUCAGAACCACAUUAUUUCACUGCUUGGACAGUUUGCUCAUCUCGAGCAGCUUGAGCUCGAUUCUCUCAUCACUCACGACCUGCACACAGUCGUACAGAUAUUAUCCAGUUUCCCUAUCCUCAGGCAUUUUUCUGCGCAUCUUCGGUUCUCCAAGUACAUAGAGCACGCCGUGCAGUCAGCGGAACAGCUCCACAUACCCCCCGGACUGAAGACCGUGGAGCUUAACUCAGAUGAAGGUAUACCGGUGUUCCUAGCAUGUCUUGGCGCCGCACGUUCGCUGGACAUUCACACAAUUCGGUUGCGGAACAUCACGUUCGAUGACCUGCCUUACGUCCGUCGCGCCCUUGAUACCUUGGGUUCAAACCUUCGCCACUUUCUGCUGUCAUUCUCACGGCACCAGAAUAAACCGAUCCCAGCUGCAGAUAUCUCCACGGCGCUUCAUUUGUCCUGUCAAACCGACCUCCGCACUCUUCACCUCGAGAAUAUCGACCUCACGUGUAAUGGAGAUUGUAUCAUGAGACCGGUUCUGCCUUGUCUUCUUUCAACUAUCACGUCGAACGUGCUUGAAGACGUGUCUUUAAGUUUUCGUAUUCAUUCAGCGGAUGAUCUCGUGGCUAUGCCAUGGUCUGAUUUGGAGAAGGUUUUUCUCACUCAUUCCAGUCUACGGAAGGUAGAUGUGGAUGUAUCUUUUGAUAUAGGAGAUAGAUCAGCAAUCGAGGCAGACGUAUUGAAACGGAUGCGCAGCGUUGGGAUCUUACGAGUGCACGCCACGUCUCGCAGGAGAAGCAUGACAUCAACCACGAGACCGUUUUGUGACGAUGUCCAUUAGCUCCAUCACUUGGCGCUAGGGCGGUGCGGAGUAUUACAGUCUUAAAAAGUACCAGAGGUGUUGUGAUUUCUAUCAGGCGAAAAGAAUAAUGACAGCAGUUAUAACAACUCGAAGGCCAGAUAAAUAGAUACCAGGGCUCGGC